GGCUCAUUGUGUAAAAAUAAGGUGUCCAAGAUGGUUCGGGUGGAAAAGAUGAAAGAUAGUUUCGUAGGGAUAUACUUCAUGCUAAACAAAGAGGAAAAAAUAACGGAGGAUUAUUACAAACGGUACUUUAAGCCGAAUGACAACCCAAACUUUGUGGAAUAUGAUCCUCUAAUUCAUGGCUGGCGUGGACAGGAGCCAAGACGCAAUUGGGUUCCUCCAGUGUCUGUGGCACCUAAGACCACACUUAAGGUGACCCCUCAAACCUCUGGAAGAGCUGCAGAAGAGGCUGAAGAAACUGUAGCUGAAGCAGGUGAUCAACUGCUGGAUGGUUCCCCAUCUACUUCUCGUAGAUCCGGAUUCAAAAUUUUUUGCCAAUGCUUUGGCAAAAAGUGAGCUUCAUGUCUUUUGCUACUUCCUAGGUAACAUAACGGAUGAAUGUUAUGUUACAGAUAAGCUCUUAGUAUUUUCUGCCAAAUAUAUUGAUGAAAUUAAUAUAACCUUGAUAAAAAUUAUCAUAUAGAUAACAAGUAGUGUUUAAUUAUUUUACAGAACUGUGCACAGACCUAAUCUAAAUAGAAAAGUAAACAAAAUUUUCAAAUAAAUUAUAAAUUGUUUAACUCAUUUUAAGAUGUAAAGAUAUUAUAUGAAAAGUUCCUACUAUCAUUAUCAUUAUCAAGGUGAUCGAUAAUUAAAAAAAAAAAAAUUGUUUUUGAUACCUAGAGAUAUUUAAUAAUUUUAGACAUUAUAGAAGUUUAAAAAUAAUGUAUUAAAAUUGUUUUAGCCUUGUUAGUAGUUGUUGUAGCCUUUAUAAAAGAAAAUUUGUAUUUUUAUAGUUCUGGUGUUAGUUAAUGUAUAAAUAAUGUUUAUAUUUGUUAAAAUAAUUAUUAGAUCACCGAAAUUAUCAUUCUUAAAGACUGAACAAUGCUUUAAUUAAGUGAAAUUGGCUUAAUAUAGCCAGUUUUUACAUUAAAAUUUUUUUUUUUUUUAAUUCUUAAAAAUGAGUUAUAUAUAUUAUUUUUGUAUAAGAUUUUAGGUAUUUUAACAUUUACACCAAAAAAAGAAAUAACCAUUAUAUUUUUAGAUAUUGAAUUAGAUAUAAAAAAAUCUCAAUGUAUGACUACAAUAAGCUAAAUAUCUUUACAAAUAUUACAUAUUUUAAUUUAUUCAAUUUCAAAAACUACUAUAUGAAAAAAAAAUUAUAUUGUUUAACAAGUAUAUUAUUCAUUGAACUGAAAAAAAUAAUUCUGAUAACUUUAAUGAUUAUGCUAAUGUAGUUAAUCCAUUUGAAGGCAUUAUCAUUAGUACAUUUUGAUAAUUUUGCAAUAUAAUUAAUCUUGGGAAAGAGAGUAAUUUACUACUUCCUCAAGUUUAAUAUUAAAAGUUUAAAUAUUAAAAAUUGACUUCAAGGAAUAUUUACUUGUGAUUCCAUUAUUAAAUAUCAAUAUAAACAAAAAUACAAUUAUGGAAAUUAUAUACUUUUUAUCCAAAGUUUAGUUAUUAUCCAUUUACUAUGCAAAGGUCUUUAAAUUAAAAUUUGAAGAAAAAAAGUUUACAACUUUGUAUAGUAUGAUGGAAUACUUCUAUAUCAAAUAUAAAAUACCAGCUUUGAAUUUAUAAUAUCACAAUAUUUAAUAACAUGCAGUACAUAUUAUAUGUAUCAAUUUUUAUAUACA